CUUGCGAUUUUAGCCCCCACUACUACCUAGAUUUGUAGUUGGGAAUGAGAGAAAAAUAGGAGCCUCGAUUGCUCCUUCAAAAACCUCCUACACACGUGAGGUUAAUAUCCUUCAAUUUCUCUACUCAACGUAUCAACGCAAAAAAGAUAAUAUCUGGCUAUGCUUAGAUCCGAGGAAAGGGCAAAGCAUGUGGGUGGGUGUUUGUGGUAUCAUUGUGAGAUUAAUUCCUAUUCCUUUGAUUUUUACUGAGCAGUGUGGGAAAACGAUAUGAUGUGUUACACUGUCAUAAAAGCUCGACUGUCGGAAAUCUUUCCCGAUUAUGUGACCUUAAUUUACGUUGGUCACUAGAAAAUAAAUACCUUGCACUUAAUAGAUAGCCGAUAGCUUCGAUACAUUCAUCUUUCACGGUUACUAAUGCCUGGAGGACAGUAUUAAAGUCUAUGCAUAUUCCAGUUUCUAUGUAUUAACGAAAUCUACAUGUUAAAUAAACCAUCACAAUGCACGCUAGCUCCGUGUCGAAAGGGUGGUAAUUUACGGGUCGCAAGUAUCUUAAUUUGUUUACAAGGAUUAAGGAGUUAUUUGUGUGGGCAUAUGUUGCCUAGACAGCAGUUGGUCAUGUUGAUAUUAUCUGUCUCGUGAACACAUUCCGAACACAUGCGAACCACAUUAAUGAACGCUAUGAUAUCUCUGCAUAUAAUGAAUUGUGUCGGGUCAGUGUGGUUACGAACACAGGGUAGUUGGCAAUCAAUUCGAAAUGAAUUCAGAGCCUUUUUGACUGGAUUGUAGAUCGCUUUAUGGAACUACGAAUGGGUUGCGGUACCUCGUCGAGUAGGGAGGACAAGGUUCAAAGGUUGGCUGAAUCUCUUAUUCAUCGCAAUAUACAAGAAGUGGGGCGUCACGAAACUAUAACAGAUGCUUAUCAACGCCUCGAUAAGGAAAUCUGUGCGUUGGAAGGUAGAUGUCCUGGCCCGAGGCUAGCCACCGCCGAGGCAUGGAUCGAACAUUUACAAGCGAAGCUGAAGAGUCUUUGGUCCGACACAGCAGAAGAAGGAGUAACUUUGGAUGACGACUUUUGGUUUAAAACGCAACAAGCAAGUGAAGACGAUGUUAAGGAUAUCGUAAAGCAGUUGACGGUGAAGCUGGGAGUUGUGUCUGAUGUUGAAAAAUCAGUUGCGAAUGAAGACUUUCUAGCUACGGUCAGUCGCAAGUCGCUGCAAACAUCUGCCAACCAAUAUUAUCUGGAUAUGAUUGAAAGAGCAAAGAAUCGCGCAAAAACCUUGUUGAUGAGUUACAAUCAAUUGAAAGCACUCUACAUAGAACAAGACGGCCUAAUUGCUUCUGUGAAUGGAGGUGUCUAUUCAAAUGUAAUAGAAGAAAGGCUGGAUGCACGAUUAGAGGAAGCUAGAAGUGUCCGUGAUAAAUUAGGGAGUAUCCUCGAGCAAUGGCGAACCUGUGGAUUACUACUGAAGACGAGCUGGAAGGCAGCGCGUCAAGUUCAGGAUCUGUGGCAGUUGGCGAAAAAAUCAAGUGACGAAAAGGAACGUAUUUCACUGAUAUUGGACUGCCGGCAUGCUUCGCAGGCCUCCCUCAUCGCACUGGAGUGUGCAGAAAUGGCACUCCCUCAAGUUGAUAUGAAAUUCGUCACUAAAAGGCAGUGUUUAGCUGUUCAUCAUGCCUGUGUGUAUCUCUUAACGGAUAUUGCAGAUGAUACGAGGUUCAAUCACACAAAUCGAGUGUUUGAGGCUUACCAAAACAAUUUAGCGAAGGCUGUCGAGUGGCUCUAUGCCACUUUCGAAAAAACUUUGAAGAGGGAUUUCAACGACGCCGAGGAAGCCACAUUGGAUUUAGCAAAGCAGUUGCGGCAUCACAGGAUGGAAAUUUUCAUGAAGGAAAUCGGACCAAAAGUGUAUCUGCCAAAUGUCGCAAUCGACACGGGUUAGCGAAUGAAUUUGUAAUAAAUUGUGAAUCUAUUUCGAAAAGAACUUUGCGAUCUAAGAUAUAAGUUAAUUUUGUAAGUUGUAUGUGAAGGACAGGAAACUGUAUUUUUAACGUUGGUACAUUUGAUAGGUGCUUUAAAUUAAUAUAUAUUUGCAAAUUCUCA